AUUGUUUUACAGGUCUUAUAAAUAUAAUGACUGAUAUAAUUUGGCGCUUCACUGGAGAUUUCAUGGCCCCUGAUCUUGUUUGCCGAAUUGUUCGGUAUUUGCAGGUUGUACUUUUGUAUGCCUCAACCUAUGUUUUAGUAUCACUAAGCAUAGACAGAUAUCAUGCCAUUGUGUAUCCAAUGAAAUUCUUUCAAGGAGAAAGGCAGGCAAAAAUUCUCAUUGUCAUUGCCUGGGGCCUCUCUUUCUUGUUUUCAAUUCCCACUCUCAUCAUCUUUGGGAAACGCCAACUGUCUAAUGGAGAAGUGCAGUGUUGGGCUGCCUGGCCAGACGACUCUUACUGGAUCCCUUAUAUGACCACAGUUGCCUUCCUGGUGUAUUUUAUUCCUCUAAUUAUUAUCAGUGUUAUUUACUUCAUUGUGAUUCGGACAAUAUGGGUUAAGAGUAAAGCCCAUGCUGUAAUAAUAUCUAAGUGCUCCGAUGGUAAAUUCUGUGCAAGCUACACCCAUCGAGCUCUUAUAUCAAAAGCAAAAAUCAAGGCUAUCAAAUAUAGUGUCACAGUUAUUCUUGCAUUUGUGCUCUGCUGGAGUCCUUACUUUCUCUUUGAUAUCCUGGAUAACUUCAGCAUCCUUCCAGAAACUCAAGAACGCUUCUAUGCAGCAGUGAUAAUUCAGAACCUGCCAGCUUUAAACAGUGCUGUCAACCCCAUCAUCUACUGUAUCUUCAGUGAUACACUUUGCCAUGCUUUCAGGCAAAGAAGAUCGAGUAAUUUGGGGACUUUCAGAGAUCGAACAGAAGGACUGGAAAUGCAAGUUGUGUCCAAACCAGAAUAUAUUUAGAGAUUAUAUGUGACCACAAAGAUCAUAUGGAUUCUGAAGGCAGAAAGCUAGAACCUCAUAAAAUUAUGUAUUUUGGGAGGCAUAAAUGGGAAAAAUAAUUCACUUUGUGGCAAUGUAAGUUCUACCAGCAGAUGUCAACUCACAACACAUUUAUCAGACAACAUGUAAUAUUAUACAUGCAACAUAUUUCAGUGUAAAUAGCUUUUAUCCACAUGUAAAAACUUUCCUUUCCAUAUAUCUAUCUAAUAUCAUAAACCUCAUGUGACAAUAUACUGUCCCUUUGUACCACAGGAAUGGGAUACGUUGCAAAGUUAACUGCUGUUGUGAAUGCUACUCACUUAUUGGAAUUGUAGAUCAAAUUAUAAAUAUUUCAGGGAAGUCUAUAUAUUCUUCAAUUGCAGAAGAUAAAAUUUGUAAAGACACUAAAACAAAAUUGUUAUGGUUCUUUGACUCAACCCCAUCAAUGAAUUUCAGGACAUAAAAGCAAUUCUUGAUGUUUUCCUUGAAAAUGGUGGGUAUACGCUCAAGAUCAUAUCAUGGAAACUGGUUGGCUUUCUUCUUCCUCUUUAGCUUAACUUGGAAUUUGCACAUGAGCAGUUUGUGAUCUGUUUCACAGUCAGUCACUGGCCACAUCUCUCCUGUUGUAACUGAGCUCUUCCACCUCCUUGUACCAAUAAUGUAGUCAAUUUGAUUUCUAUGUACUCCAUCUGGGGAUGUCCAUGUAUAUUAGCAUAAUGUUGGUUGUUUGAAAACUGUGUUAGCAGUGAAGAAAUCAUUGGAUUGGCAGAAAUUGAUAAAUUGUUCUGCUUUAUUUCAAUUUCCUAGGCCAAGUACAUUUUCCUUCUUAGUAAUUUCAAUUUUGGCAUUCCAGUCACCAACUACAAGCAGUGCUUUUUGUUUGCAUGUUCUAUUUCUAACUGCAUUUUGUCAUAAAACUCAUCCUCUUCCUCUUUUUCAGCAUCAGUGGUUGGAUCAUAAACUUGGAUAAUAGUCAUUGAUUCCAUUGUAGCUUUCUACCCACGUGGUUUUCAUGGUAAUACACAGGAGUGAAUCAUUGCCUUCUCCCAUACAGUAUGAAUGACUGCCUUUGCCAUUGUAAUUAAAGUGAUCAUCCAGCUCCAGCAUCAUCCUAUAUCUCUGCUGCUCAAUAUAGGUGCCUGAUUGCUUUAGCUGGGCAGCUAGAAUGACUUCUACACCUUGUAUGACCUUGCUGGUAGUAUAUACUCUUCGCAUAUAGUCCAGCAUUUUUGCUUAUCCCUUGCAUGAAUAACUAUUGCCAUAAUGAGGCUGCA